UUUUGUUGGGAGUGGCUGAAAGAACGUAGAAUGAAUGCGCAUAUAAAAGGGGCCGGGGGAAUACCCUGGAGUGAGGAGCUAGUGAUGGCCACCAUCAUCGCCAUCAGGACCGCUGCUUUUCUUGUAUCCUCCUCAUCACCAUCCAAGGUUAGGGCGUCGAUUCCAUCAACUGCAACCUCCAUCUCUCGCUUCCGUGCUCCUCCAUCUUUCCACUCUCCGACAUUUUCCUCCCUCUCCGCCCGCUGCUCUUCUCUCAAUGACGAAGCAGCAGAGACGGUUCCCGCUGCCCCUCCCUCGGACGAGGAGAAGCCAUCGGCUGCACCACCACCACCUAUUAUUAGCAGCAUCAAUGAAACCGCCACCACAAUGACAACCAUAACAGCAAAGGAAUUGGCGGAUGGUUUGGAUCUAAGGGUCGGCCGCAUCCUGAAAGCAUGGACGCACCCUGAAGCUGAUACUCUCUAUGUCGAAGAGGUGGACGUGGGGGAGCCAGGGCCCCGCACGAUAUGCAGUGGCCUUGUCAAAUACAUUCCGCAAGACCAUCUUCAGGGCAGAGACGUAGUUGUCCUUGCAAAUCUCAAGCCAAGGAAUAUGCGGGGUGUCAAGUCAAAUGGGAUGCUUAUGGCUGCCUCGGAUGAGUCACAUGAGAAUGUUGAGCUUCUUUCACCUCCUGAAGGUUCUAUCCCUGGGGAAAGGAUCUGGUUUGGCUCAGAAGAUGACAAAGCCAACCAACUAGAUCCAGCUACUCCCAAUCAGAUUCAGAAGAAAAAGAUCUGGGAAUCUGUGCAGCCACAUCUCAGGACAACUGACCUCUGUGUAGCAGCUAUUGGAGAGCAUCCGAUGCGUACAUCAGCUGGGGUGGUGGUCUGUAAUUCCCUAAAGAAUGCAAAGAUCUCAUGAGCACUACCUAUUGUUUCUAUGCUACUCUCAGCAUCUUGAAUGGUCACCUUGUCAUAUUAAUGAGCAAUCUUCGAUCUAGCCGAUCCUGGAGUCCCCCUAGUGCAUGAUAGUAGGUUUCAUAAUACAUAUUUUCCUGGGAAAAUGCAUAGGUUGCUGUAAGUUCUCUACAUCAAACUGUAAUGUUGUUUUUUUGUUCGUAUUUGUUUAUGUCAUAAAUAAAAGUCACAAUUCAUGCAUGGAAGUAUCCUUUAUUUCUCGGGAAA